AUGUCACCUCAGGGGCUUGCCACACUGCUCUGCAAAGAGGGAGACUGGCAUCUAGCCCAGGAGGACUUGCCAAUAGCCACUGCUUUCUACAUGGCUGCCUUCAGCUGCGGUGCCCCCGUGGCAAUACAGAAAGUGAAGUCUUUAGACAAAGGGCUCUGGGAGAAAGUGAUAGCCACCUUGGAGAUGUGGUGCAAAGGCAGCAGUCAGAUUCCCAAGAUCCGGUGCAACAACUUGGCCUUUGUGUCCCUCGGUGUGGGAAUAGCUGCCACCUUUCUCUCUACCCUAAGUCCCAACAAUGUGGUGUCCUCCAUAUAUAAACUUGAAGCCUUGCUCAAGCAAGGGCACUCAGAGGAGGUGUUGAAUAGAUGCAAUGCUUUGCUCAAGGCUCGCCCAAAGCAGUCAGUGGAGCUGCUGUUGCUGAGGGCGUUGGCAUGGGUGCUGUCAGGGACGCAAGCUAGAAAUGGAGUUGUGGACUAUGUCCAAGCUUUUGUGAUGCAUCAGGCGGAGGCAGUAGCCUACGUGCGUACCAAACAAAGGGAACACCUGCCACAGGUCAUCCAGGCUUUCCAUAAUUAUCUCUCAGCACGUCAGAAAGAAAGCACAGAUAGCAGUGCCUUGGACCAAUGGCUGGGCAACUGCUAUGACUUCCUCUCUGCAGUGGCACCGGAUGAUAUCUGGGUUUGCAAGACACAUGCAGCUUAUCUCUUUAAGAAAAGCAAAUUCGAGGAGUGUGUGGCAGUUUGUAGCAAGGCCCUCAAGCGUUUGACAGCUGAUAAAAACCUCAGAGAUGAAGAAGCUUUGGGUCUGCUCUUGGAACGGGCUGCAGCAUAUUUCUUCUUGGGUGGACGGAUGCAGGAAAUGAUGCAGGAUUUAGUGCAAGCCUUCACAGAAACCCCUGCUCAGGCAAAGAAGCACUUUGAGGAGCUUUUCUCAUCACAUGACACUGAGAGGAUAGAAGAACAGGCCAGAACUCUCCUGGAGGUGAAGUUCGCCGCGUACAGGGAGGCUGUGCGUGCUCGGACUGAACUCCGAGGCAAUGGUGGUGCUGAACUGCUCCCUCCUGUCAUCCAGACAGUCCAGUUCCUCCUUCAGAUCUCCCCAGGGUCCAAGCGUGAGCUCAGCGUCCGGCUGGCAGACUGUCAGCUGCUGUGUGGAUGCAUCAGAAACGCCCUGGAUAUCUGUGACCUGCUCUUGGCAGCAGAGCAGAAAACUUACUACAACACUCUCCUAGUCUUGCGAGGAUUCUGCUUCCUCCACACUCAUGACCAUCAGCAAGCCCUGAAGGACUUCCAAAAGGUUGUUGAGCAUGAUUCCCCGCAUCCUAACAGUUGCAUUAAAGCCUUAUGUGGGCGUGGACUUAUCCGGAUUUCUGGUGGUAGCCGUUACUUGACAGCCCUAGAUUAUAUCACAGCUUGCCAGCUGAAGCUGGAAGAAACUAUCUUCACAGUCAAGUCCUACGUGCCGUGGAACCAAAGAGGACUGCUGGUAAAGGUCCUCCAAGAAGAAGGACAAAAGAUGCUCCAGAAGAAGAGGGAUGCCCUUGGGGUUUACCAGCUGGCUUCUCUCUUGUUGGAGUUGGACACUUCUGAUGAGGCAUCACGGAUCCUCUGUGCUGAUGCCCUGUACCAAAUGGGCUGGGUAGAAGAAGCUCACAAGCUCCUCUUGGUAGCUCUCUCCAAAAAUCCGCAAAGAGCUCCCAUCCUGUCUAGACUUGCACUUCUGCAGUUGAAGAAAGGUUUCUUGUAUGAUGGCAACCAGCUGCUAAAGAAGGUGAUCAAAACUGGAGAUACCUCCUGCCUCCUGCCAAUCAUGGACAUUUUCAAAGAUGAAGACCGAAAGCUGAUGCAAACUCACUGCCAUUUCAGAGCGCUAACCAUCUUGAAGAACAAAGAGGAGGAUGCUGACAUCAAAGAAGCUGUUUCCUACCUUUCCUUUGCCAUCAUUGCAUCAGGUGGCUAUGCAGAAGAUUCCCUCCUCAUUAGGGCUCGAUGUUAUGCACGCCUUGGCCAGAAGAAAACUGCUAUUUAUGAUUUUAAUGCCAUCCUAAAGCAGGACCCUAUGAAUGUGCAAGCUCUGAGUGGACGAGGAUUCAUUUACCUUGCUCUGAAGCAGCAGAAGGAGGCAGUGCAAGAUUUGACCUUGGCGCUGAAGGUGGAGGCAGAAGUGGUGAUCCCAGCAAUCCUGUCCUUAAAGCAUGAAGCCCAAGGGUUGAUCACUCAAUGGCUUCUUCAGCAUGGCAGGACUGUGUUAAAUGAGCUUGUUGCUACUAAAGAUCUUUCAAAGGAAGAGACUCUUAGGGACCUUCUCAUGAUUGCAGGAGUACUAAUUAAAAUUUGCAAGGAUGCACAAUAUCACAUCUUCUAUAUAGAUGUUUUGAUUGCAAAUGGAAGGUAUGAAGAGGCCCUUAUUCACCUUCAGGAGGCAUUUGGCCACUCUCUUGCUGAUGAGUUUGCCAAUGCAAGACUAGCUGUGCUUCAGCUGAAGAAGAGGAACGUGCCAGUGGCAGCUCACUCAUUCAGCGACCUAGCUGAGAAGGAUGAAAGGGAGCUGGGGUUUCUCCUGAACUUCCUAGACCCUAAGCAACAGCAGCAUCUCUCUCAGGUAGCGGCCCAAAAAGGAAACAUGCUGAUUAAGGAAUAUCGCUAUGAGAAGGCUCUUGGUUAUUAUACCCUGGCUAUCUUGUCAAGCAAAGAUAAUCCAAGAUAUCUCCGACAGAGAGCUGCUUGCCUUGUGCAUCUGAAAAAAUACGGCAGAGCUUUAAAAGACAUGGAGAAAGUGAUUCAGAAGCAUGGCUGUAACAGCCUUAAAACGCGUGUUGAGGACCACUGCUCAAAAGGACACCUGCUAUUAUCAGCAUCAGAGGAAGAAGCAGCAGUUAAGGAGUAUAUUGAGGCACUGCAGCUGGAGGAAUCUGUGGCACUUUGCAGCAUCAUGAAAGGCCCUGGUAGGGAAAUUUUAGCCAAAGCAUUUCAUAAGAUUGCACAAUAUUAUUUUGAAAUGCACCGUUAUGAGGAGGCCUGGAAAAUCACAGAUUAUGGUCUCAUAGUCGAUAAAAACACUACUGAACUUAAGAAGCUGAAAGCAAGACUUAAGCGAGAGGCAUCAGGCUGUAGCAUACAUUAA